CCACAAUAUUUUCUUCUCAUUUUUCUGUUGUUGCAAAUUUUCUUCCUUUGGGUUCUAAAAUUUCAGUAUUAUUAAUGGAGUUUUUGUGGUGUCAAAACUUUUUGAUUUUGAUUUUUCUGGGGUUUAUUAUGUGUUGUUCAUCAUGUGAAGGUUAUACAUUUUAUGCUGGUGGCAAAAGUGGUUGGGUUUUAAAUCCUUCUGAAUCUUAUACUCAUUGGGCUGAACGAAAUCGCUUUCAAGUCAAUGACACCAUCGUUUUCAAGUUUCAAAUAGGGUUAGAUUCAGUCCUUCUAGUGACCAAAGAUGAUUACAACAAUUGCAACAAGAACAAGCCAAUUCUUGAACUAAAAAAUGGAAAUUCAAAAUUCAAGUUUGAAGGAUCAGGCCCAUUUUAUUUCAUUAGUGGACAUGAAGAUAAUUGUGAAAGGGGCCUAAAGUUGAUGAUAGUUGUGUUAUCACCAAAUCACAAAGCCCAUAAAGGCCAAGGCCCAAUUGGUUCAAGCCCAACACCAGUUGAAUCCAUUAGCCCAAUCUUGAGCCCAGCACCUGUUGAGCCCACAAGCCCAGUUACACCUGCCCUGGCUCCGGCUAAGUCGGGUGCACCCGGAUUUAUUGGUGGUUUUACUUGGAGCUUUAUUGUUAGCUUGAUAAUUGCAGCUUAUUUCUGUAUCUUUGUUUAGUUAUUUCAUUACUUUCUCUUAAUUUUUUUCAGUGAAAUGUACCUUUUUUCUGUUGUACCGACUUUGAUUUAAUGGAAUUUGAUCUAACGAAAAUGGUACAUUGAAGUAA